UUUAUCAAAUUAAAUUUGAAUAUUUUAAUAUCUGAUUUGAGUAACUCUCGUUAUUAAAACGAUAUAAUGAUGUAUGAAAUACUAAUAAUUAAAAUUUUGUUUAAAAAAUAAGAGGUAAAAAUCGACAAAAAAGAGCAACCGACGUCGUUUGAACGUUUUCUAGCUAAAACCUGAGACCGCUAAAAAAAGCCGCAUCUAAUCUUUAAGUGGUCUCUCAGAAACAGUAUUUUUCCUUACGCUUGAAAUUGAAAUUUUAUUGAAAUCUCUCUAAAACCCUAAAAUCCUCAAAUCGUAUAAAUAUCAUUAAAAACCAAAUUUUGCGACUUUUUUUGUUUUUCCUUUUUUAAACAUGGCAACACUUAAAGUAACAAACACAAAGGAUUUAAUAUCAACAACAUCUUCACUGUUUUCUUCAAAGCCAUGUUUUUCUUCAAAAAAGCCUUUGAAAAGAAGCAUGUUGAGGACACAUCACCGUUUUGGAGGGAUAAGCUGUUCAUUUGCUCCUAUGGAAACUGCUAAGAUAAAGGUGGUUGGUGUUGGUGGCGGUGGUAACAAUGCUGUUAAUCGAAUGAUUGGUAGUGGUUUACAGGGUGUUGAUUUCUAUGCGAUAAACACAGAUUCUCAAGCACUACUACAGUCUGCUGCAGAGAACCCACUUCAAAUUGGAGAGCUUUUGACUCGUGGACUAGGUGGAAAUCCACUUUUGGGGGAACAAGCUGCGGAGGAAUCCAGAGAUGCCAUUGCAAAUGCUCUUAAGGGUUCAGAUCUUGUAUUUAUAACUGCUGGCAUGGGUGGAGGCACUGGGUCAGGUGCUGCUCCAGUUGUUGCCCAGAUAGCGAAAGAGGCUGGUUAUUUGACUGUUGGUGUGGUAACCUAUCCCUUCAGCUUUGAAGGACGUAAAAGAACCAUGCAGGCACUGGAGGCUAUUGAAAAGUUGCAAAAGAAUGUUGAUACGCUCAUAGUGAUUCCCAAUGACCGUCUGCUUGAUAUUGCUGAUGAGCAGACACCUCUGCAAGAUGCUUUUCUUCUUGCUGAUGAUGUUCUGCGCCAAGGGGUCCAAGGAAUUUCAGAUAUAAUCACGAUACCUGGAUUGGUGAACGUGGAUUUUGCAGAUGUUAAGGCAGUCAUGAAAGAUUCUGGAACUGCAAUGCUUGGGGUAGGAGUUUCCUCUAGCAAAAACCGUGCAGAAGAAGCAGCAGAACAAGCAACUUUGGCUCCCCUAAUUGGAUCAUCAAUUCAGUCAGCUACUGGGGUGGUAUAUAAUAUCACUGGAGGAAAAGAUAUAACUUUGCAGGAAGUAAACAGAGUAUCACAGGUUGUGACAAGUUUGGCAGAUCCUUCUGCUAACAUCAUAUUUGGUGCUGUAGUGGAUGACCGCUACAAUGGGGAGAUCCAUGUGACUAUUAUUGCUACGGGCUUCUCACAGUCAUUUCAGAAGACGCUAUUAACAGACCCCAAGGCUGCAAAACAGAUUGACAAAGUCACAGGGGGACAAGAAAUCAAGGGAAUACCCUUACCCCUCAAUUCAUCAUCUCCUUCAACUGUUCCCUCCAGACCAUCUCCACGAAGGCUAUUCUUCUAAUUUCUUUGAUCUCUUAUUUCUUCCUGCUUUUUUGCUGUUAGUUGUGUAAAGAUCUUGAAGCUUAUGAGUAUCAGAUGCCAUUUGUUUCUAUGAUUGUGUGCCCUGCGAUAUUUAAUGGGUUUUCAGUAGUGCAAAAUAGAUUUGUCCAUGAUUAAAUAACACAAAUUAGUAUUAAAGAAUUUAAGAUAUGAUUCUGAAAAGCUUCUAUAAUGUUGUGGACGUCUAUCGCAUGGAUGACACUGGUAGAGUUUACAAGAUAGAUGGUUUGAGAAUGACCCGAUUGUGUAUAGAAGCU